ACAAAGCAUAAGGCGCUGCCUAAACGUUAGCCACCAUACCACACAAUUACACUGAUAUUUGUCGAAAUUACUGUCAGGAUGUCUCAAAUAGGACGUUUUCGACCAAAUGUGAAAACCGGAAACUGGUAUGAGGACCAGCUGUUACAAGAGGAUGCAAUCAAACAAUAUCUGGAGAAAAAGGAGAGGGGUGAGCUCACUUUCCAGAAAAGAGACCUCCUCAAACAGACCAUUUUGCAGCAGGUGAAUCUCUCUGGGACAAAAGAUGGAAAAUUGCACUUUGGGGAUGUCGUGAUGUUGGUGAACAUAGGAGGAGAAAACAGGGAGCGCAGUGCUGUCAGCAUUAACGCUGACAUUAAGAGUUUGACAAGGUUUCCGUCAUUGGGUAUUCAGGCUCCGUGUGGCGUUAGCGCAGGAAGAAAUGUUCAACCUCGCACACGGACUGCAUUCAUAAUUACCAGCGUUGAUGGCAGUCCUGAAGGAUCAACACUGUGUUUUGAUCAAAGUUUUACCCUGAAAACUACAAGUGGUUUUGCCAGUGGACUUUACUUGAAAAGUGAUCUGCAACGUUUCCAAAAGUGUGCAAAAAUGUCUCGCCUCCAAGAAGUAUAUUUGGAUGAAAAUGACUGCUUUCUGUCCUGGUGGAAGAUAGUGCACUUUGACCCUCUGGAGAGACUUGAAUAUGAGGGUCAGCCGGUUCCUGCUGAUGUUAAGGUGCUGAUUGUACACUGCAAGACAAACCAGGCUCUUGCUGUUCUGGGAGAUCAUGUUCUUUGGACCACAUACGGCAAAGAGUAUGAGGUGACAGCUCACACAUUCUUGGACUCUCACAAAGCUGAAAAGGACAACAACCACUGGAUACUGUGCACCUCUGACCCAGAAGAGAAGGAUCUCUGAACUGCUCCUAACUUUUUAAAAUAUAGAUAUCUUUUUCUG